AAACUCCAUCUCCUUUUGGUAAGAAUUUGAAUUAAAAUAAGAAAUAUUUGAUUUUCUUUCAAGGGUUUCUCAAGGGUUUUGCAUCCGGCAGCCAUGAAUCACGGCAAGAGAAUACUGAGUUCGCUUCGAUUGAGGAAUUCUCUUUUUUUCACUCAGCUUUCACGAGCCACUUCUUCCAAUCAUCAGGUGACUCAACACUUAUAUCUUUCUCCUUCACUUCUCACGCAAAUUUACACUUCUACUAGUAUUCUCGGUUCAAGUCAAAAUGUCUUCUUUUCAUCAAAAACUGAAUCUUUUGUUGACAUUAUACUAUCCAACGACUGGUCGAAACAAUUAGAAAAGGAUUUAGGAAAAAAUGACUUUCCUGUGACCCAUGAAGCUGUUAUGUAUUUGUUGAAGAAACUUGAUAAAGAACCGCGAAAGGCAGGGGAUUUCUUGAAAUGGGUUGUUAAGCAAAAGGGGUUUAAACCUAGUUCUUCUAUGUACAGUCUGAUGCUUAGAAUUUAUGCUAACAGGGAUUCAAUGAAGGACUUUUGGACUACUAUUAAGGAAAUGAAAGAGAACGGGUUUUAUAUUGAUGAGGAAACGUAUAAAUCAAUUUAUUCUAUUUUUCGGAAUUUGAAAAUGGAAACUGAUGCCACUGCUUUGAAGCAUUUUUAUGGGAGGAUGAUUAAAGAUAAUGCUAUGGGUGAUGUGGCGAAAGAUGUGUCUGAAUUGAUUACAAAACAAGAAUGGGGAGUUGAGGUGGAGAGACAAUUAGGGGAGAUGAAACUCUCGGUGUCGGAUAAUUUUGUGCUUAGGGUGUUGAAGGAACUUAGAGAAGUAGGAAAUCCACUGAAAGCUUUCAGCUUUUUCAAAUGGGUUGCGAGGAAUUUAGAUUUUCAGCACAGCACUGUUACUUAUAAUGGGAUUCUUAGGGUUCUUUGCCGAGAAGAGUCGAUUGAGGAGUUCUGGGGUGUAGUAAAAGAGAUGAUGAGCCUUGGGUUUGAAAUAGAUCUUGAUACAUAUAUAAAGAUCUCGAGGCAUUUUCAGAAGAUUAAGAUGUUGAAAGAUGCAGUAGAACUAUAUGAACUGAUGAUGGAUGGUCAGUUUAAACCAUCACUUGGUGAGUGCAAUAUUCUUUUAAGAUCCAUUGCACAGUCAUAUUCCUCAGAUCUUGAUUUGCUAUUUAGAGUUGUGGAAAAAUUUGAGGCCGCAGGGCAUUCACGCUCAAAGAUUAUUUAUGAUGUCAUUCAUAGGUGUUUGACUAACUUGGGGCGAUUUGAGGAAGCAGAGAAGAUAACAGAAGCUAUGAGAGAUGCAGGAUUUGAACCUGACAAUAUUACCUAUAGCCAAUUAAUAUAUGGACUUUGCAAAGUGAGGAGGCUGGAGGAGGCAUCAAAGGUGAUAGAUGUGAUGGAAGAAUGUGGAUGCAUUCCGGAUAUCAAGACUUGGACUGUUCUAAUACAAGGGCAUUGUUUUGCUGGUGAAGUUGAUAAGGCGCUGUUUUGUUUUGCUAAGAUGAUGGAGAAAAAUGUUGAUACAGAUGCUGAUCUGUUGGAUGUACUACUUAAUGGUUUUUUGAGUCAAAGAAGAGUUUUUGGUGCAUAUCAGUUAUUGACCGAGUUGGUGAAUAAGUUUCAAAUGCGCCCAUGGCAAGCAACAUACAAACUUGUCAUCCAAAAGCUCUUGGGGGAAAGGAAAUUCGAAGAAGCGCUUGAUCUACUCCGUCGGAUGAAGAAACACAAUUAUCCACCUUUUCCAGAACCCUUUCUUCAAUAUAUUUCAAAGUCAGGAACAGUGGAAGAUGCAGUGGAGUUUUUAAAGGCGUUGAGCGUCAAGGACUAUCCAUCUGUUUCAGCCUAUCAACAUGUUUUCCAGUCCUUCUUUGCAGAAGGUAGACAUUCUGAGGCAAAAGAUCUGCUCUACAAGUGCCCAUAUCAUAUUCGGCAACACCCAGCAAUUUGUGGCCUCUUUGGUUCGUCAAAUUCUAACAGUGGAAAAGCGAAAAGGUUCUCCCGGCAGAGCUCGACUUCUGUGUAGGCACAAGGUGCAAUUAGUGAAAUCUGGGAGGAGGAUUAAGUGAUGAAUAAAGAGUCAAGACUCCCUUGUAUAUUGUGCUUGAGGAUGCUCUAUGCUUCUAGUCUCAACCUUCAACAUAGAAAUGACAGUUCAGUGCACUAAAGCUCUAGCUGUGCGUGAGGUUCAAGGAAGACCUGAACCACAAAAAUCUUCCACAAAUUCACUCCAAAAACCACCUUUCAAGUGUGAGAAUUGCCUUUUCAAAUGCUCUUUUAUUGAAGAUCUAAAGUCAUUAUAAUGCAGUUUAAAAUUGUAAUCUAUUGAUCACAAUAUAUAUCAUUAUGUUAGAUAAAAACAUAUGUCACUAGCAAUAAAGGGUUCUAUCAAACUCAUCCUUUGAAUAUGUGAUGAAAGUAGGUGCCAAAAAAUAAGUAUGUUCUAGAAAAAAAUAAAAUAUAAUAACGUUGAUUUUAUUUUUUUUUGUGUGCCAAACUUUAUUAUCUCCUACCUCCCUUAUUGAAGAGUACAUCUUCCUAAUCUAAGGCCACUAAUAGAGUUACGAUUACAAGUUUCCAUCUCCUAAAGUCACCCAACAUGAGGUUCUUCUUGUCUCAAGAUAACGUGGCCCCCCAUACAAUAUCUCUCACUUAAGACAAAAGUUACU